AUGUCGAUGCAUCGGCUCCUUUCGAGGGCCCUCCCAACGGCGUAUAGACAGUCUCGCGACUCACACAGCUCCUCGGAUGAGGAAUCUGGCUUGUCCGAAAAGGUUGAAGAGCUGCUGGAGCAAACCAUAUCCUUUCACGGCUCGCACACGCAGUUUUUCAUCCGUCUCUCGCUUGCUUUGUCUGUCGCAUUCUGGGUCACCCUCUUCAGCUUGCCGCUGUACUUUGGGAAACUGCACUACAUAGUCUUCGGGUUUCGGGGAGAGCUGCACGAGACCUACUCCGCAUAUGGCCGAGAUCCUGCCUGCGAGAGUUUCAUGGUCGGGAAGAUGAGGAAUAUCGGAAGCUUUACCGAGCCCCAGGUGGUGCCGUGGACUCCAGACAUGACGCCUUGGCAGGAUAAUCUGCGCCACCGAGAUAUUUGGUGUGGCUACUUGCCAGCCCUGUGGGAGGAUUACUGGCCAAACAUCGCGCAGUUCAUCGUCUUCACUGUUUUCACCAGCACCGGGGACACCGUUCGCCUGGCCUGGCAGGGCCUCAUCGGCACGGCAUGCGCCUGCAUGAAUCUGCAGAUGAUGUGCUGGUUCUAUCCUGGAGGAGCUCACGGAGCUCACUGUGGAGGUGAUGCUGACUGCGUCCCGACUGCCUACAACCCCGUGGUGUGUUGGAUCGACGUGCUGGGAGUUCUGUUCUUGUUCCUCGUGUCGCGGGCCAACGAGAACACCAUCAAGUUCGGGAUGUCGUGGCAUGUUUCCUUCAUGAUGGAUUUCAUGAACCCGACGAAGAAGCUGCCUGGUGGAAUGCUGGAACGUCUGAGCGGUGUAAACAUUUGGUCAAACGACCUGGUUCCGGAUAUCUUGCUCACGUCCGUUGUUGGUGCUGCCAUUUCCAUCCUGGCGACAAUUAUUCCCCGGAUCUUCUUCUGCAUGACACCUCUUGCGAAUCGGGUGUGGGUUUCCCGGAAUGCUUUGGCAUGCGCGCAGCAGAUUGGUGAUGUCUGGAAAGAAAGCAUAGAUUACCUGUGUGGUGACAAGUCAAGUGCCAAAAAGUACCAGCUGCAGCGGAAAAUCGAUGUCGUUCGAGAGAAGCUCACAACCACCAAAAGCCAGGUCGAACAAGCAUGGUGGGAGACAUUCCAAUGUGGAUCACCCGAGCAGGUUCGAUUGAAGCAGCACGUCUUCCUGUCAGGCGUUGAGGGCGUACAGCGUACUAUGUACGCUCUGGCAAACUGCAUCUUGUACGAAGACUUCUCUGGGCCCCACAAGGAGUUUGUUGCGAAGGUCCACCACAGCGUCCGAGCGCUGCACUAUCAGGCCUCUCUCCUUACCAUCACUUGUUCACAGGCUGCGGCUGAUGGCAUCAUCGAUGAGGAAGAGGUAGAACAGAUAGAAGACCAAGAAGAAAGUGUGAGGAAAUGUCAGCAGGAUCUCCUUUACAAGUUCCACGAAGCCGUGCCCAGUGCCAUUUCUGCCAGCCUUGCAGAGGAGAUUACAUUCCUAUUUGCUCUUGCAUUCUGGGCCUCCACCACAGAAGACCUGGCGGGUGUACUGGUGCAGCAUAAGCCUGCAAAGAGCUGGAUCAAUGUUAUCAAGCAGGGCUUCCAGGACACCUGGGGCCACGACCGCAUCAGCGAGACAGAUCACCUUAAGUUUGUUUUUCGCAACUUCAUCCCGAUCUCCGUCUGUUACAUCCUGGCCUAUGCCCUUCCUUCCAGCUCCGUCUUCGUGCAGUACUCUGCCAUCAUGCCCAACACGCUGGCGCUACUGAUCACACGGUUUUCUGGAUCUGCUUUUACCAAGAACAUCCACAGGACGCUGGGAGUCCUCCUUGGCAAGUUCUGGCCAAUUCUUCUCAAGGCAUCCUGGAUGGCGUGGCCCUGUCAGUCCACUCAGCGUGGGAUGCUGCAGCUGCUUUGCCUCUUCUUCUUCGUUGCCGGGUCGAGCUAUGUCUACUACAGCUCCAAGACCUGGAGCACGAUUGCAGUGCUAGUCGCCGGCUACGGUGUGUAUCCGCUCAUGAUACCAUGCGAAAGCGAUGUUUCCGAAGACAGCUACUAUGCCUCGCUUUACAGGGAGAUCGGACAGGUGACGGUAGCGAUCAUGCUCCAGUUUGUCAUCGAGUCGGCCUUGCAUGCCACGUCCCCGGCAGAGCUGGCGAUCCGGAAAUUGGAACAGGCGGUGGAUGCCAUCCAAAGUGGCUUCCACGGCUUCUUCAAAGGGGAUCUGGAGAUGAUGAAAAGAGGCUUGGAGGCCGAAAAGUUCCUGAGCGAAGCACGUGCCCUGGCCGCGGAGGCCGACCCGAGCGUGCAGUUGGCCCCCGGCUGGCAGGUGCCCUUCAAACUGAGGCUCUACAACAUGUCUCUGGACGUCAUGGACCAGAUCAAGUCCGAUUUCGUCAUGCUUUGGACGGCCUGCAUCGACCAGCAUUCCUUCCGAGAGACAGGGGAGCCGUCGACGGAGGUGCUUCAUAUGCUGAGCAAGAACGAAAACCUCAGGAGGCUCUUCAACUCGCUAGAAGGUCACACUGCAAAUAUCAAGACGUGCCUCCUCAAGACCUUGAGACACUCGUCAGAGACCGCACUCGACGAUUCCGAGCAGCUACAGGAUGAGGUAGUCGCGGUCUCCUUUGAUACGGUCUUUCCGGAGCCUGUGCGCAACAAGCUCUACCUAUCCUUGACCCAAGACAUGCGAACGAUCGACAAGGAGACGCCCCGAAAUGUAGUGAGUGAUCCACAGGCACGGGCAAUCGUUGCAACACGUGCCGUGGAGAAUGCUAUUCGCCACCUGGAAGAUGUAUGUUCGCUGAUCAUCGGUGAGGAUAUCUUUUAA